GUCCGCAAACGCGACACCUGCUCCUGACAGUCACCACAAUAGUUGCAAAAGCAAUGGCAUUAUGGCUGAUCUCGCUGUAGUGGGCAACGGUGAUAAGGUGCUCAACGAGAUACUCGACGAGGUAGUCGAAAUCGACCCGAAAAACGGCAACGCGUUAAAAACAGAGCAGUACCACGGGGAUUUCCAGGUCUGGGAUUGUCCGGAAGAUUUGCCAGACCCAGAGACGGUGGUCCUCAGCCCGAUAAUAUCCAUAGUCGGAGAGGUGCCCCCGCCCAGACCGCCCCCACCGGCCACUCGGGUCAAGCGGGACGUGUUGUCGUCGGAGGUGGAGGGACCGGUGCCCCCGUUGCCCCCGAAACGGAUCCGCAAGACCCCGUCCAUGCCGACGCUGGUACGUGCCCCGUCCCAGCAGACCCUGGGCACGGAGAAGCAGCAGCAAUCGAAGGCUCUUCCUACCUUGCCGGGGAUGAGUGGCUCGCCAAAGCCGAGCAAGCCAAGCCUCUUCUCCAAGCUGUUCUCGAGGAGGGCCAAGCCGAGGGAGGACCGGCGAUCGUCGACCGCCAGUCUGCCCGAAGCCACGAGUGGGGCACCACCGGCCGCAGAGUGUGGAGGCUUGGACGUCGACGGGGAUGCGACACCCCCGUACGGCGCCGAUCUCACCGAGGCCGAGAAUUACGCGCUCUACAUGGCCAUGGCACCCCACGCCACGGCCUCGGAGUUCGACGAGAUGUCGUUUUAUUACAGCCCCGUCGAGGGAGGGAAGAUCUUAGAGAGCAAGGAUGGCACUUGAGCGCCCCCUCGGUUUUCAGUUGUGCUCUGAUGUUCAUCUUCACGUCUGGCCCUAUCUGUGUUUUUCUCUUUUUCUUGUGUCCUUUUGCCGAUUGGAGGAUGGAUCAUGAUGAUCGUUACGGCAUCCGUUGUUACAUCCUGCAAGUGUAUUUUUACGAAACGCUUGUUGGGCCCUUUGAGCGUUUCUCCUUUGAUUAUCGGUGAAUCCGCGACCCUUUGUACUUAUUUUUUUGAGAUUUUUGUAAUAUCAUUGUCAAUUUGUUCAAACAGCGCGUUUUGUUCUCUACUG